AUGGCACAUCAGGCAGAAGACAAGUCCUAUGACGUUAUCAUUAUCGGCGCUGGCAUCUCCGGUAUCAACGCAGCAUACCGCCUCCAAACAGAAGGUCCAGCAAACCUCACCUACGCCAUUCUCGAAUCUCGCGAUAGUAUCGGCGGCACUUGGGAUCUGUUCAAGUACCCUGGCAUCCGAUCAGACUCUGACAUCUUCACCUUUGGCUUCUCAUGGAGUCCAUGGAAGCACAAGGAGUCGUUGGCGCCUGGCGAUAAGAUCAAAGACUACAUGAUCGAAUCAGCUCGCUCAACUGGCAUUGAUCAUCAUAUCUGUUACAAUCAUUCUGUUAAAGAGGCCAAUUGGUCUUCUGAAGAGAAGAAAUGGAAUCUUCAGGUUUUUCGGAAUGGCGAUGAGAAGCCUGUCACUUUCCAAGCGAGGUUUAUGCUUCUUGGGACGGGGUACUACGACUAUCAGACACCAUUGCAGACUGUCAUUCCUGGACUUGAGAGGUUCCAAGGCAAAGUCAUACACCCCCAGUUCUGGCCUGAAGAUUAUGACUACACCAACAAGGAAGUAGUCAUCAUCGGAAGCGGCGCCACAGCCAUCACCAUCGUCCCCUCCAUGGCCGACAAAGCCAAACGCGUCACAAUGCUCCAGCGAAGUCCAGGCUAUAUCUUUCCCGUCCCGUCAACCAGUUUCUUCACGCGUCUUCUCUUCACCAUCCUCCCCGCCAGUCUCGCGCUAUUCAUCAACCGCCUCUUAUGGCUCGUCAGAACAUACGUCACCAACGCCUUCUGCAAGUCCUGUCCUGGCUUAGCCAAGAGGAUCAUCAAGAAUGUCACCGUCAAGCAACUUCCUCCUGAUGUUAGCUGGGAUCCUCACUUCAAACCGCGGUAUAAUCCCUGGGAACAACGUCUAUGUGCUUGUCUGAACGGCGACUUCUUUUCUGCGCUGCGGUCUGGUAAGGCUGAUGUCGUCACGGACAAGAUCAAGACGGUUACCGAGAAGACCAUAGAGCUUGAGUCCGGAGCAACGCUCCAUCCUGAUCUUAUCGUCACAGCUACCGGUCUCAAGCUUCGCUUCGGCGGCGGUAUCAAGUUCAGCGUCGAUGGCAAUGCUAUCAACGUAGCAGAGAAGUACGCCUGGAAGUCCGCCAUGCUGCAAGAUGUGCCCAACCUAGUCUUCGUCUUUGGUUACGAGAACGCAUCUUGGACUUUAGGUGCGGAUGUCAGUGCUCGACUGUUCGUACGCGUUCUGCAGAAGAUGGAGGAGAAGAAGGCAGUUGCUGUUGUGCCGAAGUUGACUUCGUCGGAGAGUAUGCCUGUCAAGCAAGUCAUGAGUCUUUCUUCGACAUACCUGAAGAAUCUCAGUUCUGUGUUUCCUAAGGGAGGUACGGGUCCUUGGAGUCCCAAGAGCCACUACUUUUCUGAUAUGGCGGGAGCGAGAUGGGGGGAUAUUGCCACAGACUUGGAAUAUAUUUCAUGA